UAUGCUUUUUCUAAAUUUGUGGUACCACGAUUUUUACCAACCUGACAUAUAUGUUUUCUGAGAGCUUAGCGUCCUAUAUCCCCUAUAAAAAGCCAUGGGCAACAUGCAAAUUUAUUCAUAGUUGAAGGCAUUCCAUUCACUUCCAUUGGUUAAAGAUGAAUGGCCACGCUUCAGUAGUUCCUAUUGGAAAAAGGCUAGAAGGCAAAGUGGCCAUCAUCACAGGAGGUGCCAGCGGCAUCGGUGAAAGCACGGCAAGGCUAUUUGUUCGACAUGGUGCUAAGGUCAUUAUUGCCGACGUACAAGAUGAUAUUGGACUCUCCAUUUGUAAGGCACUUGGCUCACAUGGCACUGCUUCCUUUGUUCACUGUGAUGUCACCAGCGACUCUGAUGUCAAAAAUGUCGUUGACACUGCCGUUUCAAAGUACGGCAAGCUUGACAUCAUGUUCAACAACGCUGGCAUAUCCGGCAACCUAGAUCCAACAAUUCUAGGCACGGAAAAUGAAAAUUUCAGGAGGGUUUUCGAUGUGAACGUGUACGGUGCAUUCCUGGGCGCCAAGCAUGCCGCUAGGGUUAUGAUUCCGGCGAAGAAAGGGGUGAUUCUCUUCACUUCGAGCGUUGCUUCGGUGACCUCUGGAGAAUCGCCGCAUGCUUACACAAUGUCGAAGCACGCGGUGGUUGGCCUCACCAAAAACUUGUGUGUGGAGCUAGGGCAGCACGGGAUAAGAGUCAACUGCAUAUCUCCUUGCGCUAUUGCCACCCCGUUGUUAAGAAACGCAAUGGGGCUGGAGAAAAAAACGGUGGAAGGAAUCGUAUGUGCGUCAGCAAAUCUAAAAGGAGUGGUAGCAGAAGCAGAAGAUGUGGCGGAGGCAGCGGUUUAUUUGGGCAGCGACGAGUCGAAAUACGUGAGCGGGCUUAACCUUGUGGUGGAUGGGGGCUACAGCACAACGAACCAGUCCUUCACCAUGGUAGUUAAAGCCCUAGUUUCUUCAAAUAAAUGAGAAGAAUCAGAUGUUGUAGCCAUUUUGUUGGGACUUUUAAUUUGAGUGAGGAUGAAGCGUAUAUGGCAGUGUCAGAAGGUAUAUGCAUUCACAGAAAAUGCGUCUGUAAACCGGUGCCCUGAGUCAUCAUUCCACAUUUGCGCUAUGUAGUAUUUUCACGUGAGCAUAUCUGUUGUAGUGUCGUACCGCUUUCUCAAGCUUUAUGGACCUUCUUAACUAUCGUACAUUGCUGAACCAGCUCACGGAGGAACAUGAGUUUAACAAGAUUAGAACAUGGUGAGAGUAUUUUUAGUUAUUUAAUUAGAUGUCCUAUGAUUCAUCGUUUCAAAUUUUCUAAAUCCGUCACACAGUAGUCAUGAUUUUAAAUUUAUUUUUUACUCCUUUUUUUCAA